CCAUUAUAUACCGUAAGAGAUCUCGGACCUAUGUAAACAGAAUUUGAGGAAAUAUAUUGACAUAUGAAUUCUCCAAAAACCUCACAUAUACCAAAUCAGUGGUUACAAUAAGUACAGUUAGUACAGUUAUAUCAUAACAUGAGGAUAGUAGAAAGUUUUUAGAAUUAUAAUAAAAAUAGUCUGAACACACACUACCAGUCGUGUGGAAUAAUCAUGGCGUCUACUUAUAUAAAGGAUGAACAAGGCGGAACAUUUAUUCCAGCCAGUCAACGUCCAGAUGGUACAUGGCGUAAACCACGUCGUGUAAAAGAUGGAUAUAUACCACAGGAAGAAGUUCCAUUAUAUGAAAGUAAAGGCAAACAAUUUAUAAAGAACAAACCUAUUUAUCCAGUAGGAGCAAGUCCAGAGUUUAUAGCUCAACAUAAAGCUAAACAAGAAGCUUUGGCAGCUAAAGCAACAAAGUGUGUAAUGUGUACACAACCUAAAUCAGAAAAUAAGAAGAAAAAGAAGAAAAGUAAAAAUAAAAAUACAGAGAUUAUAAUAGAAGAAUUAUCAAAAACUACUAUUUCUCAAGCUAAAGUUGAAGAUAAAGUAUCUGCAUUGAGUAAUGAGGUAAAUAAAACAAAUCAAACACAAACAGUUGUUGAUACAGAAAAAAGAAUAAAGAGUCUUCGUAAAAAGAUAAGAGAAAUUGAGGCAUUGGAAGAAAAAAUAAAAAGUGGUUUAUUAAAAAAUCCAGAAAAGGAGAUUUUAGAAAAAAUGCGAAGAAAGAAUGAAAUAAUGAAAGAAAUAAAAUCUUUAGAAGCAAAAGUAUAAAAUGCAAUUGUUUGAGAUAUUUGUAUGAAUCAAAUUGUGAUGUUUAUUAUUUUCUUAUCAAAAGAAAUAUAUAAUGUAUGUAUAUUAGUAUCUAAUAAUAGUAGCAUGCAUUUCGUUUAUCUUUUAUAAUAAUUGCAAAAUAGUGUUAUGUUGCAUAUUAUAUUUUUUAUUGCAACUUGCAAUAAAUAAUAUUAAUGUAAUUUACAAAAAACAUUCAAUUUAAAAUAGAUAUAUAUCUGCAUGAAAGAAAUCACCUUGUAAUAUACAUUGUAUUAUGCGAAUACAUCACAAUAUUUUCCACCUUGUAAAACCAUUAAAACUUAUUGAAGAAUAAUACACCUGUAACACUAGUAAAAUAUACAA